UGAUCGAGCACCUUCUCCCCUCACUUAGGUUUAUCUGUCUCCUGCGCUUGAGAUCCUCUGUGUUCUGAGCAGGAUGGGGCAGGUUACAUAUUUUAGUCAGGCUGUAGUUUGGGAACUAGCCAUUGCUUUUUUUUCAGGGACUUGCUCUUGGCCAAGCCCCUCUUAUAUUUAAGUCAGCCCUUUAUUUUCACUUCCUCCUUUUAAAUCAGGCUGCAUAGCAGAGAGGGGCUCCUGUGGACUUGUUCUGGGUCACGGUGUUGCCCUACUGCUCAGCAGUCGGAGUGCUCCUCCAAAGACUGUCCUUGUCCUGAAAGAGAUGCUGGAUUAGGCCUGUUUGCAGGAUUUACUUCUCAAGUGCUAGCAAAGUAGUUUUGUUGUGAUUUGGAAUUUGUGCUUCUGAGUGUACUCUAUUUAAAAAAGUAAGUUUCUUGUUUAAUCACUAAUAAUCCAGGAUUAUUGAACAUCCUGCCUUUUUUGUUAACAGUAAGAGGUCUGCUUUAAUUGAAAGGCUCUAAUACAGAUUAAGGCCUUAGGCAAAUGGGAAUCCUCCCAUCUCAGUAAAUUUAUGAGUGCUGGGAGAAACAUUUAGAUAAUCAAAAUGAAUGUUUCAUUAAGGUAUGUGCAGUUGGUCAUAGUAGGAUAAAUGCUCAAAACCCAAACCCUGGAACUUUUGAGACCUAUCAGGUCAUUUUUCUUUCCCAGAAUAGCCUAUAGUCUCUAUAGCAGAUUCUGAAAAUCUUUACCUGAAUAGACCUGGUGGGGCUACUGAUGUGAAUAAAAGGUUGAAAGAGGAAGACCUACAGAAGCAAUCCACAAACAAAAGCUAGUGAGGGUGUAUGAUAGCAUACAGAAUCUAUGAGAUUGAUUUCUCCUUUACGGACAGUUAAGAUUAAAGCCAGCAGGUAUUCUGUGCCGCCCCAGUCAAAGUGGUGACCUAGAUGGAGGCAGCCUCCACCUGGAGGAGUUGAAAUAAAUACUAAGGAAUGAAAAGUAGCAAGAUGCGAUUUGCUUUGUUUGUGAUUGCUUCCUUGAAAGUCAAGUUACCCUCGCUGUACUGCCCCAUUCACGUGUGAGGCAAACCAGCCAUACAAAAAGUGGAUGAAGAAGAACCAUUCCAUGUACCUUCUGUCCAAGGUGAUAAAAUUUAAGGGAUAAAAAGGAUCGAGGGUUUUGCUUAAUGGGGAAUUCCGGUGUAUAUCCAAAAGGGGUUUUGGCUCAGUAGCCUGAAUGUCACUAUGAGCGUUUAGUCAGCCAGGUUUCUAAUUCAGAUCUGUUGUGUUCCAGGGAAUGUUUUCAUCUCUGAAAGUGAGAGUUUCAAGACUUAAGAAGUCAAAAUGCUGUUGCACACUAUGAUUGAUUUCUGUGUGUGUGUGUAAAUUAGCUUAAGGUAUUAAUAUGAAAAGUAGGUAGCUGCAUCUAAUGAUUUUUUUGGAGUAAUCUGAACCAUCUGCCUCUAGAUAUUAAGGAGUUCACUCUUUAAUCCAGAUUAUGGCUGACAAACUGGUUUUGGCAUUCACGUUUCACUAGCAUUGUGCCCUUGAAGAGCUGAUGGGGCUGUAGAAACUCUCUUGCUUACAGUUGCUGGUUUUGAGAACGUGUUCGGUUUGGUUUGGCUUUGUUGUAGUUGUUUGCUUAUAGCUCCUUUUUUCCUUGAAGAUGGCUUUCCUAAUGAAAAGUAUGUUGAGCAACCAGGUAAAGAAUUUGGGACUUGGAGGUGGAGGGGAAGAAAGCAAAGAAGAAAGCACUCCUUCUGAUCCAGCAGCAGCUGCAGGAAUGACCAGAGAGGAGUAUGAGGAGUAUCAAAAGCAAAUGGUUGAGGAGAAGAUGGAAAGAGAUGCAGCAUUUGCACAGAAAAAAGCAGAGCGAGCCUGUCUGAGGGUUCAUCUGAGAGAAAAGUACAGACUCCCAAAGAGUGAAUUGGACGAGAAUCAAAUACAGAUGGCUGGAGAUGACGUGGGUUUGCCGGAAGACCUUCAGAAGAUGGUGGCAGAAGAUCAAGUGGAGGAAGAGGACAAGGACUCUAUCCUGGGACAGCUGCAGAACAUCCAGAAUAUGGACAUGGAUGCGAUCAAAGAAAAAGCACAAGCCACCUUCACUGAAAUCAAACAGGCAGCAGAGCAGAAAUGUUCUGUGAUGUAGAAGAGCCACCAAGGUGCGAGGGUUAUGACUUCAGCCUUGUCUCAGAGGGGCUGGGCUGCAGAGUGAGGCCAGGCUGAGGAAUGCACUUAGCUCUAUAGCAUUAAAUGUAAAUAUAGAAAAGAGAGAGAGAGACUUAGAACCCCACUGGGGUGGGGGUGGAAUGACAUGCUGUGACUGCUCAGUGUGAAGUUAGAACUGAGCCUCCGUUUUUAACAGACCAUCUUUCCCCAUAGA